GGCGGCGGCGUCAGGGGUACCAUGGCCGACGACGGUUCCCCUGAAGAGCCGUCCAGUCCGCGGGGCUCCCCGGGCCGGGCGCCGCGGGUUCAGCGUGCGGUCGGACCGGGCAGCGGCGGCGGCGGCAGCGGCGGCGGCAGCGGCUGCGGGGAAACACCGCGGACGGCGGCGCUGGCGCUGCGCUUCGACAAGCCCAUCAAGCAGGCCUUCUACAACACCGGGGCCGUGCUGUUCGUGUGCCUGUGCUGCGGCGCCGCUGUGCUCGUCUACUUUAUCCUGGAGGCCUUCCUGCGGCCGCUGCUGUGGGCCGUGCUGUGCGGCACCUUCCUGCACCCCUUCAAGAGCUCGCUGACGCGGCUGGGCCGCCACUGGCUGCAGCGCCUGCACCGCGCGCACACGCCCAUCGUGCUGGCCGCGCUGCUGCUGCCGAUCUGCUUCGCAGACUACGGCGUGGAGGCCCUGGGCGAGCAGGCGCUGCGCCGCCGCCGCCUGCUGCUGCUGCUCGGCGCCGGCGGCCCGCUCCUCUACGGCCUCUACAGCCUGGGCAGCUACCUGGGCGUGCAGGUGCUGCUGGCGCACGCCGGCGCGCUCAUCUGCCGCGGGCUGGACUACUUCAGCAGCCCGUGGAUCUGGACCUUGGUAGUUGGCUACGUGUUGACUGUUUCAUUCAAGUGGAAUGCAAGCACUGAACGCUACUUGAGAGCAGUUUCAAUUCCUGUCUGGAUUAUAUUGCUUUUUCAUUUAGCAUCCUUGGCUGGCUCAUGGAGAAUUCCAGUAUUCCUGGUUAUUGUUUUCCUGAUGUCUGUGGGCACCCUCUAUGAAAAACAGAAUGGAAAAGAGUCUUCUGGAGCAGAGUUACCAGGGCAAGUUAUCUCCAUGGCAGCUUCUACUCUAGCAACCUUGGCCAUCUCCAUCACAGGGUAUGAAUCGAGCACUGAGGACCAGCCCUCUCCCCAGCCUGCAGGGACAGAAACCAUGGACAGAGGAGAACCCCCUCCAGCACUGUCCUCAUCUGCUUCACCCUCCUCCCCUUCACCCACCUUGGGCAGACAAAGGUCUGAAGUUGGAACAUUUCUUAGAAAGAAGAAAACUAGUGAUAUCUACUUUGUGUCUCUCCUUUGGGCCAUUGUUGGAGUCCAGAUCUGGUUGAACCUGUGGAUUGUACAGUUGCUGCCAGUGCCUAUUGCAGUAUGGAUACUCAAAAAGCUUGUUAUUCACUUUGGUGUUGUGAACUUCCUGGAGAAGCGCUGCUCCGUGUGGUGGCAGGUUAUAGAGCACUUCCUGAAGGAGCGGCAGGAAGCCCUGGCACCGUGGCCAAUUAUCGGGCUUGGAAAAUUCUUGUUAAAAGUUGAUAGCAAGCUCUGGCACUGGCUAAAUAAGAAGAUGAUCAUCUGGCUGGAGAAGAUGUUAGACAAAAUAAUUAGCAUUUUCAUCAUAUUUUUGUUAGUGAUAGGAACCCUUCUUUUAGCCCUACUCCUGACUGCAAAGGUACAUCAAGAGAGUGUACACAUGAUUGAAGUCACAAGCAAUUUGAUUAAUGAAACUCUAGCAAAUCACCCUGAGUGGGCAAAUUGGCUUCCUGAGGCUCAGGUAGUCCAAAGAGCCCUUAAUUCCGCGGCUAACAAUGUGUAUCAGUAUGGACGAGAAUGGAUAACCCACAAGCUUCAUAAAAUUCUUGGAGAUAAGGUGAACAAUACUGCCGUAAUUGAAAAGCAAGUACUAGAACUUUGGGACAGACUGUAUCAUUCUUGGUUUGUAAAGAAUGUAACGCACUCUGGAAGGCUCAAAGGACAAAAGAUGCACAUAAGUCGUCAGAAUAGCUGGCUGGGAGACAUUCUGGACUGGCAGGAUAUCGCUUCCUUUGUCCAUGAGAACAUUGAGACAUUUCUUUCGAUCUUAGAGUCUCUGUGGAUUGUUAUGAGCCGGAACGUGAGCCUGCUGUUCACCACUGUCACCACGCUCCUGACCAUCCUCUUCUACAGCGGGACUGCCCUCCUCAACUUUGUUCUGUCUCUGAUAAUUUUCCUGACCACACUAUUUUAUCUGUUAAGUUCCAGUGAUGAGUACUACAAGCCAGUGAAGUGGGUGAUAAGCCUGACACCACUAUCUCAGCCAGGUCCUUCUUCUAAUAUUAUUGGCCAGUCUGUGGAAGAAGCUAUCAGAGGGGUGUUUGAUGCUUCCCUCAAAAUGGCUGGCUUCUACGGAUUAUACACCUGGCUGACUCAUACUAUAUUUGGCAUCAAUAUUGUCUUCAUACCGUCAGCUUUAGCAGCAAUCCUUGGAGCAGUGCCAUUUCUAGGCACAUAUUGGGCAGCAAUACCUGCAGUUCUAGACCUGUGGCUUACACAAGGCUUAGGAUGCAAAGCCAUCUUACUGUUGGUUUUUCAUCUCUUGCCGACAUACUUUGUAGAUACUGCCAUCUAUUCUGAUAUAUCAGGAGGUGGCCAUCCUUACUUGACAGGCUUGGCAGUGGCUGGUGGAGCAUACUACCUGGGCCUGGAAGGAGCAAUCAUUGGGCCCAUACUUCUCUGCAUACUUGUGGUCGCUUCCAAUAUCUAUAGUGCUAUGUUAAUGAGCCCCACGAAUUCAGUACCCACACCAAACCAGACCCCAUGGCCUGUUCAGACUCAGCGGACUUUCCGUGACAUUUCUGAAGAUCUGAAGCCUUCAGUAGACUGACUUGGUUUCUAAACCGCAGUGAUUUCUCUAGGAAAUUCAACCUUGACUGUGAGUUUAGCUCAGCUGUGGCCUCCUAUCCUUUCAGCUGUGCCUGGCAAACAGAGCCCAGGAAAAGAAGCAGAAGCCUCCUAGCCUUCCAUACAGAAUGCCCGGACAAGAGAGGACUUGCUGUGCUUUGCACUUUAAGGCACAGCUUUGGAGCUCAGAAAUGUGGUUUACUCACUUAACUGUUGCUAAGAUGGCUUGAAAAGUUUCAGUUUAUAAACUGGUACCAUGGCUUGAAAUUUUCCCACUUUGGUUAUAUAUAUUAUAAUAUGUAUUUAUAAAGUUUUUUAAAGAGUCCUAAACUACCUGCUGCAUACAGUGUAGUUUUCUCCUGUUUUAAGAAAUCUGUCCUUAAACUUUUCUGUGACAGUCACUUUUCCAUGAAGAGGGCUUUCACUUUUGAGAAUGUAGUUGCUUGAGCAGGAAAAAUGAGUCUUCUCCCUUCUUCCACAGUGUAUGGUCCUCUCUGUAAGGAAGAGCAAAUCUUCAGUGUAAGGGCAGGUGGCUUAUUUGACGUUCAGUUAGUUGUAUGUUACAACCAUAGGCGACCACAGAGAGACCGAAGCUCUUCCUCCCCUUCUCCCUCCAUCCCCUACUGCUGUAUUGCCAAAUUUUUAAAACUUGGCUGACCACAUUGAAAUUAAAUACUUAUUAAGCUGCUAUUAAUGGUAACAGUAUGAUAGAAUUCAUGUUGUAAUGUUUUUCUUUCCAAAUGUUUUAAGAAAAAAAUCUCAGGGGCAGCAGUGCUCUGAUUCAUUAAAAGUAUCCCUGUUUCACUAUUUGGAAUUUGACCAAUUAGUUACUUAUUAGCAGUAAAAUUUUACAUCUGUGUAGUAUUUUCCCAUCACUUAGCACAGUGCCUUGCACAUAGACUCUAGAUGAAUGCUUAUUGAAUUAAAUUAUGACUUUUGAAAUAUCUCAGAUACCACAAUAACCAGCAUAGUGCUCUACAUUUGACAAAGUCUUUUUGCACAUAUUAUUUCACAAGCACUUCACAUCAGCUUUCAUAUAGCUUUGCAUUAUUCUGCAACAGUUUCACACAGAUGGGGAAGGUAAGGUUCAGAAAAGUGACCAACUCAAAAGUCAUGAAGUUUAGUAAAAUUUGACCGCAGAUCUUUCUGACUCCACAGUCUGCCAACUCUGCUAUAUUGCAGUGUUUCUUUUAGUAUCUUACACAAUUUUUCCAGUGCUAUGAGGUAGAAUAGGUGUCCUGUUCUAUCGCAUAGACUUGUCCUAGGGUUAAUGACAGAGCUGGGACUAGAACCCAGCUCUUAGCUUUGUGCCCUUUCCGCUGUGUAAAACAAUCUUCAGGCUCUUUCUCUGCCCCCAAAGGAGUAUGGAGGAGAAAGAGUUCUUAAGUAACAAAGAUUUCAUUUUUGGAAAACAUUGAAAAGUAGAAAUCAUAUUUUUCUAAAAUAUCAUCUCAUUAAGAAGCAUAGUUAAUGAUAAUUACUUUAAAUUUAUUCUGAUAUUACUUCAGAAAAACUCCAUCUAGGAAAGAGGCUACCAUGAGGUCUCUGUCUGUAGAGUAGACUGUACAGAUCUCAUAUAUUUCCUGUGAAUCCUUCAACAAUUACAAUCUGGUAUUCCACCAAGUGUUACAUUUGGCACUAAGUAACUCAUUCUUUUCUUUAAUCACUUGUUCAGUCAUUCAUUCAGUAAAAUGUUGCUUGAGAGUUUGCCAGACUCUAGGUUCUAUGCCAGACACUAUACAGGGUGCUGUAGGGGAUAACUCAUAAGAAGGCCUUCUCUCACCUUAAAUCUUAGCCAGAUCAUGUGUAUUGCUAAAAUUAAGAACUUUGCAUUAAAAGUAUUAAGAAAGAAAUCAGGUUUGUUUUUGUUAAUGGUAUACUGAUAAGUUUACAGCUGUGAUGAGCACAUAUUUAUGAGAGGCAAAUAUUAUGCACAGUGAGUUAGUGUGCAUAUACAAAUUAUGUUCUUCCAAAGUGCUUAAGCUCUGUAAAGUGAUAUUGCAAAAAUAUAAAUUUGAGGUAAUAUAUGGCUCUUGCUGGUCAUAAUUAUUAGUGUGAAUACCAGCUGCUUAGAGGGGUACUCUGAGCCCUAAGAGAAUAGUUUAGAGCUGCCAAAAUUAGCAAUGAUGUAGUAUCACCCUGAAGUAUCAGGAGCAGGGGUGCCCCAGAGUACUCCCCAGUCCUGUCAGGAAACUUGAACUGCCCCAGUACUCCAGCAACAGCCUAAGGACUUGAAGUCCCUGCAGCUGGGGGAGGUCUUCCUGGAACCCUCAAAAACAGAGAGAACAUGCCCCCUCAGAUACAGUGAGGAGGUUUUACAGAUCUUCGUAAGCCAUUGAGAUCGAAUGAUAUGAAAAAGUAGGAGUUUCAAGCUCAAGUCUCAAAGAUGAUUCUCAGGAUUUGACCCAGAAAGAAGAAGUUUCCCUAGGAACAGAUAAUGCAUUGAUGAAGUAGAAGUAGCUUCAGUAAAAACAUAGUACAGAAAUCCUAUCACAAUGUCCUGCAUUUUAUAGCUUUAUUAAAGAUGAGUUUGAAGGUCACAUUCACUACUCAAUUGUAAACUGAAUGGAGGGGAUAAGAUCUCCCCACACAGUAUGUUCCUCUCUUUUCCGAGAAGGAGGCACGGGAUUUUCAGCAUAAACUCCAUGUCAUGUAAGUUCAGCUUCAGUUCCAAAAUUCCUAUCACACUCUCUGUUUUCUGGAAGUGAUCUCUGCCAGACUGCCUUAGAUACCAGUUUUAUUUAUUCUUAAGUUUGCAAGGAUUCUUAACACCCAUUGCCAUUAGAGGUGGUUAGCUGGCAGAGUUUUCCCUUGACUUCUGAGACUGGUGCAAAUUGACUCUUGAUACCCAAGAAGUGUUAUUUAAACAAACUAAGUAGCUUUGGAAAUAGCAGUUUAUUCCAUUAAAGGGCUUGCAAAUGAGAUCCUCUGGCUAACCUUGGUCUUAACAAGAACCCAUUGUGACCCAUCAGGACUUGCUAGUACCCCUAGUUCCCACUUUGGUUGUAUUUAGAGCUUCAGGAUGUGUCACUACUGAGCAAGAAAAGCUCAGAAAUUCAGGCUAUGAGGGGUUAGAUUAGAGCAAAGUAAUUUUAGGUGAGUUAUCCAGAGCUUUCAACCUCAAGGUUUAUAGGAAAACCCCUGCAGUCUCCUCUAAGGGUCUUCCAAGAUCCUUACAAAAGUAUGACGAGGCAUUUCGCAGUAGAACUAUAGCCUCUGGCAACAUACUUCCAAAUGCUAGUUCCCACCAAGAACAAGUAUUUCUUUGUUUUUUAUGUAUUUCUUGUCUUUACCCAUUUUGCCAUUAAAAUAUAUUCAUUUCAUUAACUUAUUGAGGAUCUGCAAAAAAUAAGAAUGCUAUGUGAAACCACUGAACAGUUAAUUUUUUUAGUAGUUCAAAAAUAAUCAAGAGAAUUAUAAAUCAAGAUGUUCUGCCUGCAUCCUGGAGUCAUAGAAAUUCUGUGCCAGAUGAGCCUUAUCUAAUUAGGUGAUCCUGUCAUUUUCUAGAGAAGGAAACAAAUCCACAGGUUAAAGUGUCUUUUCUAACACAGAGCCAGUCAGUAACAAUUCAGAGCAGAGUAAGUUCUUUUUUCUCUCAGCCCAUUGUUCUACUUCUCUUCCCUUUCUCUUGUAGUUGAGUAGCUUUUGGAAAAAUGUGUUCCUUAUAGCAGUAGUUGCAAGGGAUGUUAUUAGAUGUUACAAGAGGACAAAAGUGUAUAUGGGGUAGGGGGGUGGGGACUCCAAGGUCAGUUAAAAUUGAGGAAUGCUGGGUUUGUUUCCUUUCUGUCGGACUUCGAAGAGUUUUUAAUGUGCUCUUAUAUAUUGUGAAUUUAUAAGGGGACAAAGACUGUGUUUACGAGACUUAUUUGACCUUAAACUGCGCCCCAUCCUCCUUUUCUCAGAGCAGCUCAAAGGACUCCGUGUCCUUUGGGAAACAUGGCUCUCAAAUAAAAGUUUACAGGUCUUUUAGAAGACAUCCCUAAUGGAAUUCUGAAUGGUACAUCCACCAUGUAAACCGUAAUAUAUCUCAAAGUUUAGUGAGAUACCAGAAAGAAAACAUAUUUGCCAUUCAGAGCUGUACAUCAAGUAUAGAGAUUCUUUUCUACCUAUGGUGUGUAGAAUCAGUAUUUGUGUUUUAGUUUUGAAAGUUUUUCAAAGAUCAAUUAGUGUGCAAAUACAGUGGUGAUAUAUUGAUAUUACAUUUUAAUAAUGCUUUUUUGUGUGGCACUUUAUAGUUUUCAGAAUGCUUUCAUAACAACCCUGUGAGACAGGCAAGUGUAAGUAUUAUCAGAUGAGGCACUGGAGGCUCAGAAAGGUUUUUGUGAUUUUUCCCUUAAGUUUAUACCACAAAAUGAUGGAGCCAGAAUUCAGUUGCAGAGCUUCUGACUCCAAGUCCAGAAUUCUUUACUCCACACCUGGUUUCUUACUUUUUCUUCUAGCUUUAUAUUUUACUAUGAAAGGUAUGGAAGCAGAUCUUAAACAUCAUUUUGGCUUCUUAUCAAAUACUAUUUUUUAUGGCAGUGACCAAGAAAGUGUAACUCCAACUGUAGUUAUCCCAAAGAAAACCCUUCUUUUGUGCUUUGCAGUGCCACUUGUCUAGGUGGUUGGAGUGUAUUUCAAAUACCAUUUGAUUUUGAAACCAAGAUUGGAUAUAUAGUUUUAAUUGCUUAUGUAACUUCUGGAAAAUGUAUCAUCUUUGCAUUCUCAGGCAAAGUAGAGAGGUUUGAAAGUAAAAAAAGAUUAUUCAAAUACAACAAUACAUCUUUAUUCUCACAAACUCUGUUUCUUAGCUUUAACUUGCUUUGACAACCGACUGAUGUAACAUCUUUGUAAAUGUAAAAUAUUUAUAUUUUGAAAUAAAAUUACUAUGUGUUGAAUGAA